AGAUGGCGCUCGUUCUCGAGACCCAUUCAAUACCCCAUGAAAACAAAACAUGUCCACUCUUGUUGGAUCUGUAGUCAUUUCGACAUGUGAGAGGUACAUAACCUUAUUUUAUUUGUGUAUAUAUAUGUAUUUAAACUUUAAACAAAAUGAAAGCUGGAAAAAGAGUAACAAAGAGAAAGUUGAACAGUUUAAAGGUUGAGGAUAAUGUUGAGGAAAAAGAAAAGAAUUCGAUGAAAUCUGAACAUGAAGAAGAAUCGGAUUCGGGUACUGAAGAUUUACUGUUAGCUGAGGUAAAUAAUAAUGAUGAAAGUACAGAUGAAGAAAUAGAUGAAAAUGAAGAUGUUCCUGAAUCUGAUACUGAAAAAGAUCCAAUUGUUUUUGAAUCUGACGAUGAAGAUGAAUUAAGUUUUGAAUCAGAUUCUGAUGAUUUAGGUUUAGACGAAAGUUAUUCUGAAGAUGAUUCUGAAGAUGAUUCUGAAGAUGGUUCUGCUGAUCAAAGUAAUGUAAUUAAAAAUGUAGGAAAGAAAAAUGAAAAUCUUGCUGCGAAAUCACAACAAUUGAAGUCUAAAAAAGAGUCUAAAAUAGAUAAUAAAAAUGUAUCUGUUGCAUCAGAAACUAAAAAAAGAAAUAAAGAUGAGUCCAAUAAAUCAAAUAUUCCUAAACUUGCACAAAGCAGUAAAAUACAAAAUAAGAAAAAUUUAAGUUUAAAUAAAAAUAGGGAAACUACUUUAAAACAAAAUGUAUCAGAAAAAUCGAAUAAAACAACUACUAAGAAAGGUGUUGCACAUAAUAAAAGUAGUGAAAAUGUAGAUAAUGUAUCUGUAGUAAAUCAACCAGUAGAUGAAUAUGAAUAUGAUAGUUCUGAUGAAGAAGAUGUUCGUAACACAGUUGGAAAUAUACCAAUGAAAUGGUAUGAUACUUAUGAUCACAUUGGUUAUGACUGGGAUGGUAAAAAAAUUAUAAAACCUCAAAAAGGUGAUCAAUUAGAUAACUUUUUAAAACGAAUGGAAGAUCCAGAUUUUUGGAGAACAAUAAAGGAUCUUCAAACUGGUCAAGAUGUUGUAUUAAGUGAAGCAGACAUAGAAUUAAUAACCAGGAUACAGAAACAGAAAAUUCCUGAGAUAACUUUUGAUGAGUAUGCUCCAUGGAUCGAGUGGUUUACUUCAGAGGUAAUGAAAACACCAGUACGCAAAUUUCCGGAACAUAAACGUUCGUUUUUACCGUCUAAACCAGAAGCUAGAAAAGUAUCAAAAUUAGUUCAUGCGCUUAAAAUGGGUUGGAUGAAAUCUACUGCUGAGCUAGAAAAAGAAAGACAACAGAAAAACAGUGAGCCACAGUUUUAUAUGUUAUGGCAAUCAGACGAUCAAUCGGAAGAAAUGCGCCGUAUUCAUAAACAUAUUCCACCACCCAAAAGAUAUUUACCUGGACACGCAGAAAGUUAUAAUCCUCCGCCAGAGUAUCUAUUUGAUAAAAAGGAAUUGAAAGAAUGGGAUAAAUUACAGGGAACGCCAUGGAAACGAAAAUUACAUUUUAUUCCGCAAAAGUAUAAUUCACUUCGUGAAGUUCCCGCUUAUCCUAAAUAUAUUAAAGAAAGAUUCCAAAGGUGUUUGGAUCUGUAUCUGUGCCCUAGAGCUCUAAAAAUGAGAUUAACAAUAGAACCUGAAGCUUUAGUACCUCAGUUACCUAGUCCAAAAGAUCUCCAACCAUUUCCUACAACAAUGUCUAUGGUAUUUAAAGGUCAUGCAGAUAUGGUAAGGAGUAUUACCGCUGAACCGAUGGGACAAUAUGUUGCUUCUGGUGGAGAUGAUAUGGAUUUGAAAAUAUGGGAAAUAGCAACAGGAAGAUGCGUAAAAACGGUCCCGUGUGGUGGAAUAAUCAGAUCUGUAGCAUGGUGUCCAAAUCAAUCUCUAUCACUUAUAGCAGUGGCUGCAGACAAAAAAGUUCUUUUAAUAAAUCCUGGGGUUGGAGAUAGCUUGAUUAUUAGCAAAACAGAUCAGUUGUUGCAAAUAAUACCUCAAAGUGAUGUUAUAGUAAGUGACAGAGUGAAAACUGCUGUUCAGUGGGAACAAGCUGAAAGUGAACAUUGGUCUCAAGGCAUUAGGGUAAUUCUAAAUCACUUUAAAACAGUGAAGCAAGUAACAUGGCACGGUAAAGGUGAUUAUUUCGCUACUGUCAUGCCAGAUGGUCAAAAUAGAUCGGUCCUAAUAAAUCAGUUAUCAAAACGGAGAUCUCAGUUACCUUUUAAUAGGUCGAAAGGUUUAAUACAGUGUGUGUUAUUCCAUCCAAUCAGACCUUAUUUGUUCGUAGCGACUCAACGAAACGUACGAAUAUACGAUUUGGUAAAACAGGAAAUGAUUAAAAAAUUAUUAUCAAAUUCACAAUGGAUAUCAUCAAUGGCAAUACAUCCUGGAGGUGAUAAUGUUUUAGUAGGCACUUACGAUCGUAAAAUGCUUUGGUUCGAUCUUGAUUUAAGCACAAAGCCUUAUCAAACGUUACGUUUACACGGUACAGGUGUUCGAGGUGUUGCAUUUCACAAACGAUAUCCUCUUUUUGCAUCUGGCGCUGAUGAUAAAGGUCUCAUUGUUUCUCAUGGAAUGGUGUACAAUGAUUUGUUGCAAAAUCCAUUGAUCGUACCUUUAAAGAGAUUAUGCAAUCAUGAAAGUUACAAUGAUUUUGGAAUUCUGGACGUAAUGUUUCACCCUAUUCAACCAUGGGUAUUCUCUGCCGGUGCGGAUGCGACAAUCCGAAUGUAUACUUGAAUCAUAUGUAUAUACGUUUAACAAUUAAAGGUAUUAAACGUA